AUGUGCUUCAAGGAAAGUAACACUUUAUUGAGGAUUCUUGUCCUCAUGUGUUUCUCUCUUACCAUAACUAUCUCAUCUGGAGCCAACACCAUAUCUGCAAAUCAGUCUCUGUUGGGAAACCAAACGAUCAUAUCCGAAAGAGGCGAGUUCGAGCUGGGUUUCUUCAAAGCAGGUAAGUCUUCCAACUAUUACAUAGGCAUCUGGUAUAGAAAGGUCGAUUCCAAUCCUCCCACCAUAGUUUGGGUGGCUAACCGAGAAACACCCAUCUCUAAUAUAUUCCAAUCAGAAUUAAAAAUCAUAAAUGGCAACUUAGUGCUCUUGAAUGAGUCCAAGUUCCAGAUUUGGUCCACAAAAAUCACCACCACCACUUUGAAUUCUGCAAUAGCUGUUAUUCUUGAUGAUGGCAACUUAGUGUUGAGAGACGGCAGUUCAAAUUCAAUUGAACCUUUUUGGCAAAGUUUUGAGCACCCAACUCAUACUUGGUUGCCUGGUGCUAAACUUGCUUAUGAUAAUAGAACCAAAAAAAGCCAGCUUCUUACAUCAUGGAGAAGCAAUGAAGAUCCUGCUGUAGGGCUCUUUUCUUUGGAGCUUGACCCGUCUACUACAGAGUACAUAUGCAAGUGGAAUGGCUCCCAGCAAUAUUGGACGAGUGGGCCUUGGAAUGAGAAUUGGGGCAGAUUUGAUAAAGUACCUGAAAUGAGAUUUAUAAUGGAUAUUUCUGGCCAUGCACAACAACAAACAUGGUUGGAAGCUACCAAAGAGUGGAAUCUGUUUUGGACUCAACCUAGAACACAGUGUGAGGUGUAUGCUUGGUGUGGGGCUUUUGGGAUUUGCAGGCAGACUGAAUUACCGUUUUGUAAUUGUUUGACUGGCUUCAAGCCUAGAUCAGAGACUGAAUGGAAUCAGAGUGAUUUCUCUGGUGGGUGUGUGAGAAAAACUGAGUUGCAGUGUGGGAGAAAUAUGGAAAAGCCUGAUUUUCUCAUGAUUAGUGUCAAGAGUCUGCCUCAAAAUAAAUUCAUGGCAGUUGGAAGUGCCCGAGAUUGUCAUACCACCUGUUUAAACAAUUGCUCCUGUAAUGCUUACUCUUUUGUCGAUAAUAAAUGUUCGGUUUGGGAUGGAGAUCUUUUGAACCUCUCAGAAGACAAUGAUAAUGGGAAACAAGUUUAUGUCAAAGUUGCUUAUAAAGAUCUUCCACAUCAUAACAAGAGUAAUCGGGUCACCAUGGGAGCUGUGGUUGGGUCCAUUGGAGUUGCAGUUUUUGUCUUGGGUCUAUUUUUGCUUUUGGUCUAUAGAAAAAAGAGAAUAUCGGUGGUUAAUGGUAAGCGAAAUGCAGAGCAAUCUGAAGAUUCAAGGAGUCCAUUCUUCCCUUGUUUAGUUUCUAACGUUCUGAAGGUGGGAGGUGAUAUCCUUAGCUUGGUAGAUAGCAGGUUAAACAGGGAAGCUAGUGUUGAAGAAGUCUCAAAAAUAUGCAAAGUUGCAUGUUGGUGUAUCCAAGAUGAGGAAGACAGUAGGCCUUCAAUGAGUUUGGUGGAACAGAUCCUUGAAGGGGUUAUGGAUGUGAAUAUGCCUCCGAUCCCUCGAUCUGUCACGUUAUUUGUUGAUAACACCCAGCGUGUUGUUUUCUUCACGGAAUCACCCUCAAAGGGGAGUUCAGAGGUAUACAACAGUUGUUCCCCCCAGUCGGAGAGCUCCUCUUCUUGA